UUCAAUGCAACCUUUUCUUGAACUAGUCCUAGUCCACCUUUCCCAUUUUUCUCAUACAAAAAAACUCCGAUCAUCUGAUCACCAAACAACCACCGUGAUCAACUACUAAUCCACCACCAUGCAAACCUUACCACUAAUCGUCGCCGUCGUCGUGACCACUGGAAUAUUAGUAGGUUUUCUCUUUUACAUAAUUCGCCGCCUUUGCUUCUAUCCUAAACAACAAGCAACAAUCCAAAGAGCAUCAUCUUUACAAAAUGGAAUAUCAAAACUACAUCAUCAAAAAAACAUCUUUAGCAAGAGCAACAACAAAAGUAGACAUACAAAUUACUAUGUUCUUCGACGCGGGGCUUCAUCAAAACCUUUGUUUAAUUGGUCGGAUAAUCCUUCUUUAGUAACGGAUGCAGUUGAAAAUGGAUGGUCAAGAUUUGCUUUCACAAAUUUCACAUCUUCUCCAUCAAUUCAAUCUAAUAAAUCCAUUUUUGGAUACUGUGGUCCCGCUGGUACCGAUGACAAUAUCAGCGGGACAAGACUAGACAAUGAUUUGGUUGAAAUAAGUUGGGAAGUUUGUCCAGGGUCAGCGGAUUUCAUGCAGAAAAUCCGCUUAAAUCCUGGACUACAAAAAAUCAUUAUAACAAAUAGUUCAUCAAUGAUGGCAUGUUCCGUGAUCAAAUCCGCUUUGCCUUUACCAGGCCCAACUUUAGUGAACUCAUGUCCUUUUCCACAAGAAGCUUAUUUCGAGAUUACGAUACUAUCCUGUUUCGAACAAGAAAAGAUAAAUAAAGAAGAAGGAGAAAAGAUCAAACUAAUUCAUGAUGGGGAAAAAGUAUCAUCCGAGUCUUUGGUUCAUGUAACAAGUGUUAAUAAUGGUAUUAAUACAAGGGGUGUUUUUGCCAAAGAUGAAGAGUUGAAGGGUCGAAAUGGUGGAAAAGAUAUAGUUGAGGGAAAAAAAGAAAUGAACAUUGUGUUGUCGGUGGGGUUGGCCGGAGGUGGGUCGUUGCCGUUGAAGCUUCCGGGAAGUUAUCCGGGAUCAGUCGGAUUCAAUUCCGAUGGCUCCAUUUAUCUAGAAGGAGUUAAACUUGUGACCGAGUUAGAAUCCGAUGAAUGGGGCAAAGCAGAGAAGGUUAUUGGUUGUGGGUAUAACCCAAGUCAAAAGAAAAUUUUCUUCACCAUAGAUUCCAAACUCGUUCGCGAAGUGCAAUGCACGGCAGAGGAAUUUGCAACUCCUCUAUACCCGACAUUAGCAUCUAACACCGACGUUACAGUACUUGUAAAUUUUGGACAAAGUUUGUUUAAAUACACGCAAGCUAAUUUGCAUAGGACACCAAAUCCUUGCUUCAUUGAACAAAUGGCAGGUUCGCCGAUUUUAGGAUUUGAUGAUAGUAGAGAGCUUUUUUCGAUGGGAAGAAUAGAUGCACACUGGUUAGACCGAUCUACAAAGAGAAAUGCACAAUAUUUUGGGAGUGUUAAUAGAGGAGUAUCGGAUUAUGAUGAGUCUUCCGAAGGGGAUUUGUUUGAAAUUGUUUUAGAUAGUAAUAGUCGAGGAAGAUCACCAAGCACACACUAUUAGACAAAAAUACACACUAAAUGAUAUUUUUUUGUUUGGUUUAUUAGAUGUAAAUUGAUUUGUUGUAGGCUGAAGGUUGCUACAUAUCUGAUUCAAAAGUCUCUAAUGUAUGUUGACAUAAUAAAUAUGGGGAAUCAAAAGCUUGAUUCCCUCUUAAAUGGGUUGUAUCUAAUGUAAGCUAAAUAACUUACAAUAUUGAAUAAUUACUUUUUGAAA